GGGACGUGCAGCGAUCGAGCGAGCAGCUGAUAUUUUUUGCACUUCACGGCAAUUGCUUUUACUUAAACAUUUCUACUGAGCUGGAAAAGAGACAGAGACAAAGGUGAGGAGCUCGGCUGAUGGAUGAGGAUGAGGAUGAUGUGCGCAGGAAGGGUCUACAGCACUGGCCUUCCUCCCGCGUUCAGAUAAAGCAGACCGAGACCGCAGGGAUACCCCCUCUAUGCCCCAGCGGCAUGCUGCCCUGUCGAGUGCAUGUGGAGCCCAGACGCUUUCUCUACGGUAACACAGGACUGCUGCUGCUAGCGCCGCCUAGCCGCUCUCGGCCUCCAGACGUGGUUCUCCGGCAGAACCUGCGCAUGAUGGAUCCGGCGGAGAGCGUGGAGACCCUCAUCGGGCAGAAGCUCCAGCUGAUCGGAGAUCAGUUCUAUCAGGAGCACAUGAUGGUGAGUGGAGAUCUAUGA